AUGUUGCUCCUCACUGAAUCGACACUCUUUUUUCUAAACCUUACUUCCAGUAUCAACACAUCCACAAAACUUGCAUUAGGUGGCCGAGUGACCAACUGGAUCUCAGGGGUCAAACCUGGAAAUCCAGAGCCGCUGUCAUGUCCAUCCAUUGAUAGCACUUCAACUCGAGCACCUCCGUCAUCAAUUUUCUCAGAGGGCAAUGCUUCCUCCGCACCGACUUCAACCGCUGAGCUUCCGACUAAGAUUCCUGCAGCUUUGCCUCAAAUUCCGGAUGGUGUCGCAGACGAUACUCUUACUGGCGCGUUUGCAGAUGAUAUCGAUGAUUCGUUGGAGCGUGAGGAUGCUCUCUUGGGGAGCAAGAAAAACAAGGGGAAAUCUAAGGUUGUCACGCUAUACGAAGAGGACUAUGAUGUCGAUGAGCCUGAGGCUCCACCAGAGGCAUCAGACGACUCGGAUGAUGAGCUUAUGGCUCUGUCGACACAAGUAUUACCGGAGGAGCAGUACUCACAGGAGCCUAAGGCGCCAUUCACACAGGAAGACAAUCAUAUGUUCUUGAAGCGGAAAGCUAGCACCAUAGACGAUGAGGAGUCUUUGGUGUCCUGGUCCAUGGAGAUUGAUGGCAAUGCGGAACUGGUAGAAGACGCAAUCAUGAGUUCUGAUUCGGAGGCACCGCUCCCUGUCAAAACUAACGCAGCAAAGGAGAAAAUUCUGCGCACAACAUAUUCAACAUCCGUUACUGCAUCUCAGGCUAUAGUCGACAGCAAGCCGCCAGCUCAUAAAAAGGCUAAGGUCAAAUCUUCCGCACUACAUGCCCGUGGUGCUCCUGCUACCACACGCCAGCAGAAUGCAGAUACUGCACCAGACAACAUCAAAGCACGCAGUGCCUAUCGCACAGUUGACCUACCUCCAGCGAUGCAAAUGGAUCAGCGCUGGGCGAAGAAUUUUAUCCCUACCAUAAUGCUGUGGGCCGGAAGCUAUGAAGAUAUCUGGAGUAUUCCUGACGAGGUCCUUCUCCAUCAUGCGCAGCUUGUUCUUAACGCAGUGUACAACGAUCUCGACAUAGUGGUUGUUCACGGUGGAGUUAUACAUUCACUCACUGCACAGCGCAUUUCAGAGUGGCGCAGCAAUUUUGGCUCCACAGGGCUAGUCAUCAUCAUGGACUUUUUAUCACGAAAUUCCGACGUGAAUCCUGUCAAACUGGCCAAAUCUCUUAAUGUUGAAUGGGCAUUCUUGUUCGAGGACCCGGACAAUCCAUCUCCACUUACUGCAUACCACUCACCCUUUGUACUGCAGUUAUUUGGCACAGCACACCUCAACGCCAUCACUGGUUAUGUGCAGGUUCCCUCAUUCGACAUGUGCGCACUUGCAACAAGUGGGAUGUUACGGCCUCUUGCUCUUUCUGCUGCAGCGAUUGAGCACGCUGUCUCCAUGAUCGCAAAUGAAGUACUCGAAGUUCAAAAUGUUCUGUCAUCCGCAUCAAGAGGUCGGGUUAGCAUCAGGCUACCGAAGGUCCUCAACAAAGUUACUGGGAAAAAGACCAACAUUCCGUUUUUAUUUUCGGCAGCUCUCUGGCUUAAACCAACUAAUUCGUACAUCAAAUCUCUGUUAGGCAAGCCUGCUGGGUACCUCGAAACUACAGUACAGAUGGCGCGUACCACCUUGAAUGAUGUCACUGAAACACCGUUGGGCUCGCUGAUCGACGAUGACGAGUCGGAGGAUGACAAGCGUGCUAUGAUUUCACCUGCCAGUGCAUGA